AUGCCUGGGGGUGAGCCUGUCUGGCAUGGUAAGUUAGAAGGUCAGGAUUUAGACAACUUGUUUGGCUUUAUUGAGGCCUAUGUUGUAUGUCCUCGUACUAUCUCUCGACCAUUCCUACCCUAUCGGGAUGAAAAGAAUCAAACUCUACUCUUCCCAACCGGAAAUUUCGUGGGUGUGUAUUAUAGCGAAGAGUUAAAGUAUGCGCGCGACAUAGGCUACCAGAUCAUUCCUCUUUCAGGCUACUUGUUUGAAAAGAAGAAUAGCAGCCCUUUCGAAAGCUUUGUUUCCAACAUAUUCGAAAGAAGACAAGAAGCUAAGAGAGCAGGUAAUGACGCAAUGUCCUAUGUUUAUAAGAUACUCAUGAACUCGCUAUACGGUAGAUUUGGUAUUAACCCAAAAUGCACGAUCACUGAGAUCUGCGAUUCUGAUCGAUAUAACUAUUUGAUAAAGAAAAGUGAUUUAAUCUUAGGGGACAAGCUGAGCGAGUAUUACUAUAUUUUAUCUUACUUAAGCAAUACAGAACAUGUUGACGACUCAGACUGGAAUCCUCCUAAGAUAUCGGCUGUUCAAUUGUCCGCUGCUAUUACAGCUUGUGCUCGUAUUUAUAUGUACAAAUACAUUUCCAGACCUGACUGUUACUACACGGAUACGGACUCUGUCGUUCUUGGCAGUCCUCUUCCUGAAGAAGAGAUUUCUUCAACUGUAUUAGGUAAGUUUAAGUUAGAAAACAAUAUAAAGAAAGGCAUCUUCUUAGCACCAAAGAGUUAUUCACUUUUGACUCAAGAAGACGAAGGAAUCAUUAAGCACAAGGGUCAUGCAAAAUCAUUGGUCGAUAAAGAAUGGUUUGAGUCACAAUACGUUGAUAUAUCUAGAACAAAGCUAACCUCUGUGGAAUCUAACUUCAACAUUGAUUGGGAAAGACUGAACAUCUCCAAAAAGGAAACACUAGUGAACCUUGGAAUCAGAAUUGGUAACAAGAGGGAACCUGUGUAUGAUAAUAAUCUUUGGGUGGACACUGUGCCAUUGGAUGUUACAAACUUCGGUGGUCAAGAAAAUAGGAUACGAGCAUAUGAAGUGAUGCGUCUUCAGGAACUAAAUGAGAAAAAUAUAGAGCAUUUAGCUAAGAAAGACAGAGAAAUUGCUUAUUUAAAGUCAAAACUUGAUAGUCUCAAUAAUGAGCCUUAUCAAGAUAAAGCUAACCUUGGUAAGAGUCAAUCGCACUCUGCACAGAAAGCUGAUGAUCCUAAGAAACAUACUUACAAACACAAACCAAAAGGUAAGAAAAAGCCCGGUUAG